AUGUUGCAGCAACCAGUGCGAGAAGGACGACACUCAGAUGAUCGGGACGAUCGGCCAAAGCCCACGUCGAGUUGGAAGUCUUCAGGUGUCAAAUCGUUCCAUCACGGGCGGGGCUUUAAAGACACACAAAAAAGAGCCGCUCAGCAGGCGAACGUUCCAGAUGACCAAAACCUGCCCAAGCCGAAUUUGGAACACAAAGAUCAAGGCGGAUUGCGAUCUCGUACUGACAAUCUGAAGUUCUUGCAAGGAAUUCCUCGAUUUCGAAAAAGAAAUAAUGCCGGCCCUGAGGGACAAACGAAGGGUGCCUCGCUUUUCCGACAGGAGAAGCCUGAAAAACAAAAAGCGACUCAGCAGACGAGAAACAAGACUACAGGACAGCUACUAGGUUUAACUUUCCAAACAAGGAAAGGAGAUUCAGGAGAAGGGUUGGAGCAAGAGCAAUUACUGAAGGCGGCAAAAGUCACUCGCUCAUCAGCGAAUGACGAUAGUGUUUGUGAUAUGAAUCCCAACGAUAGCCAAAUACUCGGAGGCCGCAGGCAAUAUAAAGCUGAAUCAAAAGACGACAGAGAUGAUGCUCCUAUCACUCCUUCAGUAUCAGGAAUGUGGGCGCGGAUGACUGGAGAGAUGUUUAGAGCUCAGCUUAAUGCUAACAGCAGCCCUAAUGACGAGAUUCAAAUAGAGGUCAGGCCUUCGGAGACUUCUAAGAAAGAAGACGGCUCUAAUCGAAGAAGAGGAGACUUGUUCGCAUCUCUUAAAUCUCUAACCGUCAGAGCAGAUGCUUGUCGUGUCGUAAGCAACAGAGAAUGUGACCAGGUCGUAUCAUCUCAGAUGCGCGAUCCUAGUCGCACAAAGAAGCAGAAGCCUCGCACCUCUGACAUCGAGUCACCUUGGGGCGUUAAAUGUGAGAGCGAUGAGUCUUUCGACGUAGAACAGCGUACAAGAAGUAUUCAUCUGAGUAUACAUCCCUUUGGAUCUAGAACAAAUACCAAAACGAGGCAAAGAAGCACUGAAGGUGAUGACAAUGUUAUCGCCAACCUUUCGGACGGCAUUGACGAAUAUGAUGAUGGCUCGAGUUUAGCUCGAGAUAGGGAAGGAGAGGAUGUCGUGCAUAUUGAGAUGUUUCGCGACGCGUUUGUUGACUACACGUUGAAAUCGUUGAGGAGCAAUCAACACAAGACCAUGGCAGACAGAAUCAGGAAUGCUCGCAAGCCUAAAACAGACUUAAACGAAUGA